AUGUCCCAUGGAAGGAGGUAUUCAAAGCUUCAUUAUGUGGGAGCAACAAGUGUCGGGAGAUAUUCGAAGCAGGAGGAGGAGGAGGAGGAGGAGGAGGAGGAGGAGGAGGAGGAGGAGGAGGUGGUGGUGGUGGUUGUGGUGGUGGUGGUGGUCGACGACGGCAGCAACGACCACGUAGACGACGACGAAGAGGAAAAGAGAGCAAGAAGUAGGAGGAGAUGGAGAUGGGAAGCAAGAAGUAGAACUUACGAAAAAAAGACAUUACAAAGGAUUUUCAACAACCAGCCGUAUAGGAAGAGGAGGAAGGAGAAGACAGCAGAAGGUGAAUUGGAAUUAAAAGAGACGAAGAGAGAAAAGAGGAAAGAAUGGCGUAAACAAACUGACCAGAUGAGGACUGAGGAGUGA